AUGCGGCCGUUUUCGUGCGACAGCAGAGAGCUGAGAACUGUAGCGCCUCCACACAAAAAAAUUCUGUCCCAUGGCUACAAUCAAACACUAUUGGACGACGGAGUGGAGGCAGGUAGCACGACUGCUUGUAUUGUAAGACUGAAGCAAUCGACCGAUUGCAAGCCGGUGCUCGAGUACUCGAACCUCGGAGACUCGGGCUUUGUUGUCAUUCGACAUGGCGAAAUCAUCUUCCGAAGUCAGUUCCAGUGUUAUGGACGUGCACCGUAUCAGCUGGCAAAAGUCCCGCUUCGAUUUAAGCAGUAUGGUGCUAUUGAAAACCGCCCUGAUGAUGCUGACUCCGGUGAAAUUGAUGUACAAGAUGGAGAUCUUGUGGUGCUUGCCACUGACGGCGUAUGGGACAACUUUGCGCCGGAUCUCCAGAAGGUGCCGAGACAAUUUCCGCCGGCGCUCUCCUGGCGACGGUACUGGUCGGUAGAGCUUGCGUCCUUUGUGGACGUUGUUGCGGAGAGCCCCGACGAGGCAGCCAAAAAUAUCGUGGUGGCCUCACUGCGCCACAAUCUUAAACCGGACGACAUUACGGUUAUCGUGGCGAAAGUAGUCGUGAUGGCAUCUAAGCUGUAG